AUGGACCGACCGCCAAAUGUUCCCAAGUCCCGUAUGCCCCUAUGGCUCGGUUUGGCUGCCCUAGGUGCCGGUGGCUACUAUCUAUACUCUGCCGGAGGCGACCCGAAGAGAGCUACCCGGAAGUUCGAGAGCGAUGCUUCCCGAGCGCUCCACGGCAACAAGCCAACGGCCAGUACAGGCGCCGAGAGGACUGCUGCACAGGCUGGUGCUAAGCUAGAUGAUGCCUACGACAGCGUACGAGGCACAGCAAGGAAGAUUGACGAAGGAGCCGUCGAACGGGCGAAACAGGGCAUGAACAAGAUUGACAAGGCCUCACAUGAGACUGCAAAAGGCAUCACUAGCAAACUAGAGGAGUUCGACAAGUCCGUUGAGGAGAAGGCUGCUGAGGCUAAGAGCGGCCUUUCAUCGUGGCUGGGUGGUAGCAAGAAGUAG